CAACACCAAUAACCACAACAACAAUGAAAACAACAACAACUACAACAACAACUACUACAACAUCAAAUACAACACCAGCCAUGGAUACUUCAAGGGUUAAAAAAUUUCUUAAAGAUAUGGAAGAUGAUCGAAUACGAAAUGAUUAUAUUGCUGUUGUUGAUGCUCAUGUUACUGGUUUACUCGAUUCUGUCCGUGGCGGUCGAGAAAAAAAGAGAAAAGGAAAAUGCUCAGCUUCAUCUCAAAUUGCUGAGACUAGAGAGAAGAUUGAUAUAACCACCCCUGAUUCCAUUUUUGUUAAUACAAAUCUUAAAGAUAUUAUAAACAAAGCUACCUUCAAUUCUUUACCUCUAUUUUACCAGUAUAAAUUGGUUCAGAUGCUACCUAAAUGCGACCAAAUUACCACCUCUGAAGGAUGGACAAAAAUGAGCUCAACAGCUUUGAGAAAUGAAUUUUUUAACCGAGCUGUGAAAUCUUGGAGUGAUAGAUUAAAAGAUGGGAAAUUGACUCCAGAAUUUUUAGUGAGAUGGAGAAAUGAGAUCCUCAAGGAAUCUUCUAAGCUUGAUCCUUGGAAAGCUAAACACUUUGAAAGAGUUUGGGGGGAAGCUCUCGAAUCCCAAAAAGAAAUUGAUAACGAGCUUGACCGAAUACCAAAGUCAUCUGUAUAUGGUAACAAUGGACAACAAAGUGAAUUUAGUCGAAGCAGUAGUAGUUGUUCUUCUAAUAUUGAUGACGAGCCUUCAUCAUUUUCCGUCCAUGCAAAUAGGACAAAGCUGAGCUCUACAGAUAUCAGCCUUAACAAUCAAAUCAACUGUAGCCUCUCUAGUAAUAAUUCAGCCACUUCUAAUCAAGAGGAAUCUAGAAUUGAAGUCAAUGAUGAUUCUAAGCAACAACCGGUGUUAAAGUCUAUUUUAAAGAAACCCAAGUCUAGUAAUAAAAACUAUUAUGAUAAAAAUCUUUAUGGUAUCAACGACUCCUUAGAGGAGGAGAAUAAUGUGAUAACAGAGGAAGCUACUGUACCAUCGAUUUCUGAAACUAGUGAUAUUUCUAUCGAAGGAGUUCCAGCUCCAGCUCCAGCUCCAGAUAAACGGGUUGAAAUGGUUAAUUCGAUCAGUGAACCAAUAACAGCUCUCAAUAACUCUGGUUUGGUCACUAUUACACCUAUAGACGCAAGCUCAAUGGUUAAAAAUAAACCUCAAUCGCCUAAAGAAAGCAAUAUCGACCUCUCAAAUUCAUUAGACGUUCCUGUUAAGAAAGUGAGAAUUAUGGAAGAGAAGGAGGAAUCAAAUGAAAUAUCUUCUAAAAUACCCAAAGUUCAAAGUGUUGUUGUACCAUCUGUUAAGGGCAAAUCAGCAAAUAAUCCUUCUGAGUGUUCGACAAAACCAUCAUCUUCUAAUCACACCAAUAAUAGUAAAAAGAAGCCUUUAAAAAAGCGAUCAACUUUACUAGACAGCAGUUUAGACGCCGCCAUGGAAGAGGAAUUACCUUUCCCUCCUUAUCCAAUGACUCAAUCAGCUGCUGGAAGAUUAUUUUUACUUGCUAAUCAUAGUAGAUUACAAAAUAUUCCACCAGAUCAUACGAUUUCUGAAGACGAUAAAAGGCAAGAUCUCAGCAGAUUUUAUCUUCAUGAUGCAUCGGUCCCUUCUGGUCUUUCAAUAACUAUUCAGCCAAACAAAACUCAAUUACCAAUUGAAACUCCACCAGGAUUGACAAUAACUUCAGUUUCUAUUAACUGUGAUGUGUCAACUCCAUCAACACCCUCACCUAAAUCAUCUUCAACUAUGAGUCCAAAAGAGCCGAUUAAUAACAAUACUAAAAACAAUAGCAAAGCUAACCAAAUGACAAAGGAAGAUAACAGUGGAAGUCUACAAUCCCUUGUACAGAACGAUAAUACUUUAAGUUUAACCACAAGAAGAAAACUUGAAAAAUUAAGUUCAAGUAUAACUCUCGAACCAAUAUCCGGUGACGAUAAAAAAUCUUCAUCUGUAGUUAUUCCUUCGAAUAUUGAACCCACCAGCCACAAAGGAGUUACUAUUGAAAAUAUUGACUCUAAUGCAACAUCAACAUCACCUUCCACCACCAACAAUGUAUAUAUAGAUUCAAACGGAUUGAAAUUACCAUUCAAAAUACCAGAUAGUAUAACAAUUAUACCAUGCACUGAUAAUUCGAACAAUAUGAGUAACAAUAGCAAUGAAGCCUCGGUUGUAACACCAUCUCAUCAAACAGUUAAUCCCGGUAGCAGCUCUCAACGACAAAUUUUGUUUUUAUCUAAUUGCUUAAACACUAAUCGCAGAAUCUCUGAUGAAAUAAGCAAUAAAAAGGAUUAUUCGGUAGACUUCAACAAUCAAAUACCAGGUUAUUGUAGUGAUUUACCCAAACUGCCACCUCAUAUUACGGUGAUACCUUUAGGACCGGGACCGGUCAAUUCGUCCAAUGUCUUUACAAAUUCAGUUCCAACCAGUAAUUCAACCGUCAAAGUCAAUAAUUUCACAAAUAACAAUUCCAACAAUAACAACCACAUAAUUGUAAACUCUUCCAACAGCUACACGAUAACUACAAAUGCUGUAAAUACCGCCGUCAACUCAGUCAAUCAAACUUAUGGGAUUCAAUCUAAUUUUACCCCGUCAUUAACACAAGGAGUCACAACAAUUAACCUAGCUUCCAUAGCAGCAAAUCAAGGCUCUGCAAAUCGGAAUAAUUGUGACUGUAACCUAAAAGCGUUAGUUAUCUGUUCAAAAUGUGGUGCAUUUUGUCAUAACGACUGUAUUGGUCCCAUUCAACUUUGUAUUACUUGCCUUGUCCGUUAAUUUAUUAUAUCUGAUACUAAAAAAAGAAAAAUUAACAUUGUAUAUGGAAAAUUAUAGGCAUAAAGAUUUCAUAUUGUACACUUAAAGAAAACCAUCACUGUCAUAAAAACCCAACACCAAAUGAAAUAUUUUUUAACCCAAAACAAAGAGAUUUGUGAAAAUUUUUGUGAAAAUUCUACCUUAAAGGUACACUUGACUGAAUGACAUAAUUAGAAGAUUGAUGUGCUGCAAUAAAGUUGAGGGAAUGAAAA